CAUCUGGGCGCCGGUGGGCCGGUCUAUGGGCUUGAAGGCGAUGCGCCCCAAGCGGGUCGCCUACAACGAACUCCUCGAAGACGCCUACCGGAAAAGCCGGAGAGUAUCGCAUAAACAGGUGCGGCAGCUGGCGAAGGAGCUGGACUGGACGGAGCGCCAGGUGGACCGGUGGCUGCGGCUGAGGAAGCUGCAGGACUCGCCCAACAAGCUCACCCGCUUCACAGAGACCGGGUGGCAGUUCACCUACUACCUGUUUAUCUUCUGCUAUGGCCUGCACACCCUCUGGGACAAGGCCUGGUUCUGGGAGAUCCGCCACUGCUUCUACAACAUGCCGUUCCACCCUAUGGAUAACGACGUGUGGUGGUACUACAUGUUGUCGCUCAGCUUCUACUGGUCUAUGACCCUGCGGCACUUCUUCGACGUCAAACAUAAGGACUUUUGGGAGAUGCUGCUGCACCACCUGGUGACCAUCAGCCUGCUGUCGUUCUCCUGGGCGUGCAACUUUACCAGGAUCGGCACGCUGACGCUCAUCGUACACGACAUCUCUGAUAUCUUCCUGCUGGGCGCCAAGAUGUUCAAGUACCUGCAGCUGCAGAUGCUGUGUGACGUCACGUUUGCCGUGUUCGUGCUCAUCUGGAUAGUCACCCGUCUGGGCAUUUACCCGGGCUGGAUCCUGUACAGCACGUACCUGUUCGAUGAGCCCCCCACGUGUGCACUGUUGCCGACCGGCCUCCCCAUCCUGAGUGCCCCCGAACGUACCACCAUCGACGCCACCUACAUCGUCGAGUUCUUCCCGGCCUACUACAUCUUCAACAGCAUGCUGAUAGGCCUGCUGGUGCUGCACUGUAUCUGGACCUACUACAUCCUGCUGAUGGCCUACCAGGCCCUCAGUGCCGGACAGAUCCAGGGCGACUCCCGAAGCGACUCCAGUGAGGAGGUCAGCAGCAGCAGCGAGGAGAACGCUCUGCCCAACUCUACCCCGGCCACCAACGGAGUCUCCAAGCCCGCGGCGGCCGGCGACGGUGGCGCCGCUACCGCCGUAGCGGCCGGCGGAGACAACUAGCGGCCGCCGGCUCAUCACUCCGACUGGAAAUCAAACCUGACUGCCGACGCCGGCGUUCUCUCUCGUGUUUAUCCGUGUGCGGGUGGGGGCGGGGUGUGUACUGUGGGCGUCUGUGAUGUGCUUAGUAACGUGAUACGGUGGUGUGGCGGGCAGGGCGCCGGACCCGGCCACUGCUCGAUCCAGGUACGACGGGUGUUAGUUUGCCACCGGGCCCAACAGUCAGUAUAGGUGUGUGCGUGUGUCGCGCCAGGAAAACGUGAGAAAACGUGAUUGAUACUCGCGGCGAAAUAGGGCCGCCGCCGCUGUUCCAACGACCCGCGCCGCGCGAAGAGAAAUGUUUUAUCCACUGACCGCAAUCCAUGUGUACAAAUUACUCAUAAUUUUGUUUAGUCCGCGAUCACUGGCCGGUUGAUUGGCGGAUUUCGCAGCGCAUGAAAGGAGCGGUCUUGUGAUGGAAUGGUCGCUGAAACCCAGGAAGCUCUGUCGGUGGCAUUCUAGAGCCGCGGAACCCGUGUCGUUUUCCAUAACGGGCGUGCCCGACUAGGACAAGAGGCUUAUUGCUGGGGCAGCUCGACCACUGUCUGUUCUCCCAUUGCCACUUCAGUCUCGUUCCAACCGCACUCACUGGGUGAGUCCAUCUUACAGCGCGAGGAGGUCAUGUCUGGCCGAGUCGUGGCUAAGGGAAGGUGCUGCGCGAUUUAUCAGACAUCGGGCUCCGCCCCAACAUUCCAGAACCACUGCGGGGCUGCCGGUGGACAGAGGCCGUGGUCGCGACAGGUACGAACUGUGGGAGCCGGCUGCUGUGGGGGUUAUAGCGGGUCCGGCGCGGGUCAGCCGGCGCACGGCCGGGCCCAGUCCUUAAUUAUGUGUGUCAUAAUGCCUUUAUGCUGAUCCUUGUUAAUAUAGGUUGUCUGAACUGUG